UCUUUACUCGCAUUCCUCUCCGCUGGACCAUUUCUACCCUUUACCUAUCUGUUCGUCCGCACGAUAUGUGACAAAAUACAUGUUUGAGACUCAAGAGAUUAAAGGACAGAACAAAUGUAUAAAACGAGCUGCGUAAUCGUCAGCGAGAUGCCCCUCGGAACAACAUUGAAAACUAAUUUUUAAAAAGACAGAACAUCGAUGUUCGGGUCCAUCGGAAAAGAUCGCUCAAGAGAGCGAUCUAAUAUCGCCGGUCAUUCGUUCCGUGUACGUGUGCUGCGAAACAGAACGAGAUAGACAGUGUUUUUUUGCGUUUAACGGAGAACCGAGUUUUUCCCAGGUAUACACAUCUCUCCCCAUGGACAGAAUCGCGAUGGAUUUCCCAUGAUUCCCACUGAGACGUACGUAAUGCCCGCCGAUUUUUCGUGAUCGCCUUCGUAAACUUGGAGAAAGCAAUGUAACUUGUGACGGAACAUAAUAUCAAGAUUUUUGUUAAUGCCGCGAAAUUAUUCUUCACCAGUGUUUCACGUAAGGGCUCCCUCGGGAAGGUGAAUGACUCGCUUUUCGAUCGUAACACUGUUUUUCGGACAAUUAAGUCUAUUGUUAGUGCGGUAAUAGAAGUAUAAUGAACGUAUUAUGAUAGAAUAUAAGACUAUCAACAGGAGAACUUAUUGUUCUCAUUAGCGCAUCGAGUGAGUCGCGGAAGAUCAGAAACGGGACUUUGCGGACCACCCUGUACUCGCCUAAGUGCUUCGUGUCCCUGGCUAACUAACGGAAGACAAAUUGCAAUCAUUGCGAGAGUGUCUCCUUAAACACGAAGCCGGCCAACAUCUAACCGGCGACAUGACCCUUUCGCGGACAGUACACGGAGCGAAAACCUGAGCGGCAGAGAUCGUGUGGAUAUUGUCAAUGGGAACGACCAUGUCCGGGGACGCGAACCAAGCGCUGAUCGACGAUUGGAAUCUGACGGCCGGUUUCGAUCGGGAGCGCGCCGGAGAAUUGGAGAACGUCACCGACGAGCUCUAUCCCUUGGAUUACAUCAACGUCACAUCGCUGCCGGACGUCAAUACGACGGAGCAGAUUGACUCGUUUUACUUCUACGAGACGGAGCAAUUUGCGGUACUAUGGCUACUAUUUGCGGUGAUUGUCGCCGGUAACACCGCAGUCCUCGCUGGACUUUUACUGGGUAAACGUAGAAAAUCUCGAAUGAAUUUCUUCAUCAUGCAACUUGCAUUUGCUGAUCUACUGGUCGGCCUAAUAUCCGUAUUAACGGAUAUAAUCUGGAGAACGACUGUCGCGUGGUACGCGGGUAACAUAGCUUGCAAACUGAUAAGGUUUAUGCAGGCUGUAGUAACCUAUAGCUCGACCUACGUCCUCGUGGCUCUAUCAAUCGACAGAUAUGACGCCAUUACCCGUCCGAUGAACUUCUCCGGCAGCUGGCGGAGGGCUCGAGCUUUGGUGAUUAUUGCUUGGGCGCUGUCAGCAUUCUUCAGCAUGCCGAUCUUAUUCCUGUACGAGGAGAAACGAAUACAGGAUACGACGCAAUGUUGGAUCGAUUUGGGCCCGAUUCAAUGGAAGAUUUACAUGAGCCUGGUGAGCUUCAGCCUCUUUAUAGCGCCCACCCUAAUAAUAGGAGGCUGUUACACGGUCAUCGUGGUCACGAUAUGGUCGCAAGGAGCGGCGCUACGUCAGGGACCUACCAGAGAUACUCGGAGAGCGUCCUCGAGGGGACUCAUUCCCAGGGCGAAAAUCAAGACCGUAAAAAUGACCUUCGUCAUAGUAUUCGUAUUUAUCCUUUGCUGGAGUCCGUACAUAGUCUUCGACCUCCUUCAAGUUUACGGACAUGUGCCAAAGACUCAGACGAAUAUCGCAGUCGCUACCUUCAUACAAAGUUUGACACCGCUCAAUUCGGCCGCUAAUCCAAUCAUCUAUUGCCUCUUCAGCACCCCUUUCUGCAAAACCGUACGGAACAUGCAGGCAAUCUCCUGGAUUUCGGGAUGGUGCCCGACGAAUUCGCAUCCUUGCUUCGGCACCGGGGCGACGAAUAACAGCACGAGAACGACCGUGACAACGUCUUUGACGGCCCAGUCCUCCCGCAGAAGCGGACAUUUCACUAUGUUGCACUCUACGUCGCGAAAGCGCGUCAUGGUUUCCUUGGUUUAAAGAUCGUCAUUUUCGAAAAGGCGAUCGCAUUGAUUUCUUCGCAAGUUGACAUUCUAGAUCGUUAUUCGCAGCGGACUUGGCAGAUAUUUCGCUUCUACGGGCGACUAAAUCAAUUAUUACAGAGAAAAUGUCAACUCAAAUUCAACUUCCUUGCGAAUAACUCAGAAAGACCAAUAACUUGUUCGCCGGAGAGCUCUAUUUCAAAAGUAAGUACAUCCAAGUCGGAUUUCCCUUUCCAUCAACCACCAAAGUAAUAGUUACAUAACGUCGAUGUUACGUAACGAUUUGGUGUUUGCUGGGUCAUAACAGCUUUGUAAAAAAAAAAUCGAAUAAGUUAUUGCAAGAGUUUUCUAUUGAAAGGCUUUCGCUUUUGUGAUAUAUGCUUUAACGUAUCGCUUUUGCACAUAUCUCUCCCGCAAAGACCGAUUUUCAAGGAAUGCAGAGAUCUGUGUACUUUCAUUGCAAUAAUGCACGACUAUCAACUGACAACGUAACUUGACAACGUAACAAGCAUUUUAAUUUAGAAAUAAGAUUAACCCCCUCCUCCGGUUUUCGCCAACGUCACUUAACUUUGAUCUUAGUUUAAUUCAUCCUUUAUCUCUCUCCAAGGGGGACACUUGGAGAAAGACAAAGGAUGAAUUAAACUUGCUAGAUCAAAGUUAAAUGACGUUGGUGAAAACCGGGGUAAAUGAUAAUCCGGUUGAUAAUCUUGAGCUGACGUAACUCUUUAACUCGAUUAUCACACACAAUAAUUUUAUAUUUGUAUACGCGAAGAAUAUAAAUUUCAUGAUUUAAUACUACGAAGUUUAACGUGAUAAUCUCAUUCUCUUUAUUGACAGAAAGUGAAACGAUUGGAAACAGUCUUGUUAUAAUUAUAUCGUAUAUUCCGCCAAUUUGUUUAAAAGCUACCAAUGGUAACAUUUAAUUAAUUGGAAACGAAAUAAAAUUAAAGUAGCAAAUGUCUGUAUUCAUGAAAUUCAACGUCUAUAAUGUUGAAAUAAUAUAUAUCGUACUUCCGAACACGUAUACGGGUAUCUCAGAACUUGUUAUUACUAAAACUUACAUAUAGAAUUUAAUUGAAAAAGACCACUAUCUCACGUCCAUUUUUUGUUCGAGUCGUUAUAUUAAAUUAUAAAUAAAUUACGAAGUUUUUUUAGUUAUUAAUAUGUCUAAUUGUAAGUAGAUUUUGCACCAAUAAAGAAGUUUAAUUUAGAUAAUAGUCGUAGAAAUAUUUCCAAUGUUCA